CCCCUAUGGUAGUAUUCUAGUAUGGUUCUAAAUUCAUUCGUCACUUUGUCUUAUACUAGAAUGUGAAAUGUCUGGUAAUGGCAUUCAUUGAAAGAAAUUAUAUUGGAAUUACAGAACGGUGAAAUAGUUAUUUUGUUAUAGACACUGUUCGUGUAUUUGUAGUUGUAAAAAUUUGAUAUUUUUGUUUUGAAAUAUAAUAUGAUCAAGUUAUUCUUUAGAACUGUUACUAUGGAUGCUUAUGAUAAAUUGGAAAAAAUUGGUGAAGGAACCUAUGGAGUCGUAUAUAAGUGUAUGGAACGUUCUUCAAAAGAAAUUGUAGCAGUUAAAAAGAUACGUAUGGAAAUGGAAGAUGAAGGUAUACCAGCUACUGCUAUCAGAGAAAUUAGUAUAUUAAAAGAACUUAACCAUCCAAAUAUUGUGAAUUUAAGGGAAAUACUUAUGGAUGAUUCACGGUUAUAUUUAGUAUUUGAAUUUGUUCCUAUGGAUUUAAAAAAAUUCAUAGACUCUAGGCCAAAAAAACACUUAGAUGAAAAUAUUACUAAAUCUUUUACUUAUCAGUUAUUAGUUGCUAUAUAUUAUUGUCAUGUAAGACGAAUAUUACAUAGAGACUUAAAACCUCAAAAUAUAUUAGUUGAUAUAAAAAAUAAUAUAUUAAAAGUUGCUGAUUUUGGUUUGGGUCGUACUUUUGGUUUGCCUAUUCGAGUUUACACACAUGAGGUUGUAACAUUGUGGUACCGAGCUCCUGAAGUGUUAUUAAAUACUCAACGCUAUGGUUGCCCAAUUGAUAUGUGGUCUGUAGCAUGUAUAUUUGCAGAAAUGGCUGGUGGAAAACCUUUAUUUCAAGGAGAUUCAGAAAUUGAUCAACUUUUUCAUAUUUUCAGGAUAUUAACUACACCAAAUGAAAAUACAUGGCCCGGAGUUUCAGAAUUAAAAGACUACAAACCUUCAUUCCCUACAUGGAGCGAAAAUAUACUAAAGAAAUCUGUCAAAAAUAUAAACAAUAUGGGAUUGGACUUACUUCAAAAAAUGUUGAUCUAUGAUCCGAGUAAACGUAUCAAUGCCAGAGAUGCGCUACAACACCAUUAUUUCAAGGAUUUAAAUAAAAAUACUAUUCCAGCACAUCCUGAAAUUAAAUUUUGAAUAAUAUUUAAUAUAAAAAUAAUUUUAUAAAUAGUUUCAGUGUUAACAUUUUUUGUUACAACUUAUAUUAAAGUUAAAAAUUUAUGUUUUAUGUUAAUAAAAUUAUAAAAAUAUUCAAUGUAUAUAUUUUUUUUUAAAACAAAAAUAAUUAAUAAAUAAUAAUUUUCUGCAA